AGUCAUGAUUUGGGAAGGGUGCCUCUGACCAGAGGCCGGAACCACUUCCCUGCGUUUUUUUAAAUUAAUUCUUACCUGGACUAUAGGUCCCUAGUUUCGGGAAGAUUUUAGUGCGGUAAAUUUUGUUAAAUCGUACGCGUGUGCAGUUUGUAAAUUUUUAAGUGAGACAUUCGAAUGAAUUCCGGCACACCACGUGGAUGAAGAGGAUAGUUAUUAGAACUUUAUAUUUAGCCCGAGCCCCAAGUUCGAUAGGAAUUUAAUUAGAAGGGUGUAUGAUCGCUGCCGAUAAAAUCGUAACAUCCCACUCGCGGUGUCCAGUGUCUGAGGCAUCACCAUGAAACAUCUGUCACUUUUGACAGCCGGCUUGGGUUACAUCCCGGCCGGGCUCACAUUCGGCUACCUGCUUUUGCUUCCGCUGCUGCCUCACCAGGUCUUCCAGGAGGCUUAUCAGGAAACCAUGUUCUGGCCCUUCAUCGUAACCAUUAUCACGUUGCUGGUGUCGGUGGCGCUAACUAACGGACUGAAGCUGAACUAUCGCAAGUGUCAGUUCGUGCACUUUUACCUGCAAUUGGCGGCGGAUGUGUUUUAUCUGGCGGCUGGAUUGGUCUUCCUGCUGGUGACAGAUGUGAUUCCGGCCAUCUAUCUUUCCGCCUGCGGUCUGGGCUUGACGUUGAUUCCCGGGGUAAGCUAUGUUCACAUUCGGGCUCCCGGUAAAUGGCGGGCCUUAUACAUGGGCUUGUGCACAUUUUGGUUCAUCGUAGGAAUUGCCAGUACGGCAACCAUACUGCUAAGUGACGUACAAAACUGGCAACACGAUGCGGAGAUUUUGGAAACGCUGCAUACCAAUUUGGCCAUCUGUAUGAUGGCUACGGCUGUCUUUUCGAUACUGUUGGUGGCCGUCAACGAGAUGCUGCAGCGGGAGAGUAUUGUCGAUUACAAGAAACCGCUGGAUUUCGACACGGACAUUGCCCACGAAAGUGGAAAAUUGAUGAGCAGAUCGGAACGGCGCAAUUUGUUUAAUAACUUUACGAGUACUGUUACCCCAACUACGAAUGGAGGUUUUCCGAAACAGUGGAAUUCUUCAUCUGAACAAAUCGUUAUUAAUCCUACAAAUACAGGAAGCAACUACCAUGUGUUAUGGGUUGUCUGUAUGAUAUUCACCAAACUCCAAGGGUUUAUCGCUUUCUACUUUGUGUUGAUUAUGUUUAGCAACGGAUAUGUGAUGGCGAUGUUCGAAGACUUGGACUCAGCUUAUUCUACUUAUUGGUUCAUGGCAUUAGGUUCUCUUAUUGGGUUGAUAUGUAUGCUGUUUAUGAGUCCAAAAAUAACUUUCGUUGCCAUGUCCAUGCUCCAUACCAUUGGACUUAUAUUGGCAGUUGCUUUCUACUCUGCAGGAUUCCAAAAUUUGGAGAUGGGAGCUGCGUACAUUAUUUUUUAUACUUUUAUUGGAGCAUCUCUGGCCAUACCUGCAAUCAACAUCCUGGAACUUUCGCCAUUGAACUUCAACGAAUCAUUCCUAGCUAUUGGAACUAUACUGGAAAUAAUUGGGAUAGCGUUGAUGCAGUAUUUUGUAAUUACAGAUAGUCGAUUGCUUGGAAAAGAUCCAGACUCUCUUGAACUUUUGCCGAACUUCACUGGCAUCAUACAAGGACACUACAUCGCUCUGAUUGUUCUCAGUGUUAUAAUUCAAAUAAUUGUGCUGUGGCAUAUGCCGAAUACGUACAAAAGGUCGCUUGCAGAGAUCAACUCAGACCUCAUGCGAAUGAAAUCAUAUUUCGCAUUCAGCCGAACAAUGGAACCCAUAGUCAAUCAUCAAGUCCCAGUAAAUCGAAACUUUGCAGCAAGUGUAACGUCCGAUCACCCCGAAGAUGUAGAGGAGAAACAGUUGAGUACCAGAAACGGUCGUGUAGCAGUAAUUUACAACGAACGAAGUGAUGACAGUUCAGAUAGGAGAAGCUCAUACAAUGAUUUUGCCGAAAUGCGUCACAACAACAGGGAUGAUCCAUAUCAUCAAGAACAACUACAAAGGCAACAUGAAAGAAACUACAUAAUAUCCCGCCAAUCGCGGCUACAACAGCAAACCCGGGAAUCGCCUGAAUCCCAGCGCUACAGCAACCGCGGUGGAGAUCGGAUUUCAGAGAACCGUUACCAACAGCGGUACCAUCCAGACUUCGACGACUAUCCACAAGAUCGUCCAGGAAGUCGCAACAGUCAGCAGCCAAGCCGGUACAGUCAGGCUCCACCAUUGCUCUCUCGUCAUCAGUAUUACGAACAGUACGGCCAGGAACAACGAAAUCUUCCGCCUCCGGUACAGCCGAAACCUGUUGCCGUUCCUCCACCGACGCAGAUGAAACCUGCCCUGAGGAGGUCCGAAAUUUCACAAACGGUGAAAUCCGAACCGGGCUACGUUCCCCGUCCAAAGCUGCAGACACAGAAAAGCGAAGCCCCUGCUCCACCUCCACUUCCACCGGCGGACUACUUGACCAAAUCGCUGCCUCGGAUAAAACCGGAUCAGAAACACCGGGAUUCCAUUCAUCCGGUGCUAAUACCGCGACCUGCCAAGCAGCACGAGGAAGAAGUUGUUCCGGGGGUUGAAUACACCAGCAAUUUGCGCCCGUCGGAAUUUCUGAGGCAGAGUCGAUACUCGGCUGCUCCACUCUUCCGGAACUCUUUAGCCGGUUCGGGGAUGAGCUGAAAGGCUCCAUAGAGGGUUCCAAGUUUUAAGAUUUGUUUAUCGAUAAUUAUUACAACGAAUACAUAUA